AUGAUUUCCUCGUUGAGACAACCUAGUAUUUCGGUCAGUGGUUCCAGUGUUGUUUUAAGGAAAAGACAUGCAACCCUAAUCCAGCCACAACCACAAUCAUUUUCACCUCUCUUGUCAAGAGAGAAAUCACAGAGAUCUGUUGUUUCAAUGAAGAAGCCUCUUCAUCUUGCAUGUCUAGGUGUUGGAAAUUUUGGGUCUGUGAAGAAUUUUGAGUCCGAGGAUAGUUUUGGGAAAAGUGAUUUGGUGAAGUGUGGAGCUUAUGAGGCUGAUAGAUCAGAGGUUGAGGGUGGUGGUGGAACACCAUCAGAGGCUGCUAAGAAGGUGAAAAUUGGGAUAUAUUUUGCGACUUGGUGGGCUUUGAAUGUUGUGUUUAAUAUUUAUAACAAGAAGGUUUUGAAUGCGUAUCCUUACCCUUGGCUUACUUCGACGCUUUCGCUUGCUUGUGGCUCGCUUAUGAUGUUGAUCUCUUGGGCUACUAGGAUUGCUGAAGCUCCUAAGACUGAUCUUGAGUUUUGGAAGACUUUGUUCCCUGUUGCUGUUGCGCACACAAUUGGACAUGUAGCGGCUACGGUUAGUAUGUCCAAAGUUGCGGUAUCAUUUACGCAUAUCAUCAAAAGUGGCGAGCCUGCUUUUAGUGUUCUUGUUUCGAGGUUUAUUUUGGGCGAGACCUUCCCUGUGCCGGUCUAUCUGUCUUUAGUUCCAAUCAUUGGUGGAUGCGCACUUGCUGCUGUGACCGAGCUCAAUUUCAAUAUGAUCGGUUUUAUGGGGGCUAUGAUAUCAAAUCUGGCAUUUGUGUUCCGAAAUAUCUUUUCCAAAAAGGGGAUGAAGGGAAAAUCCGUUAGCGGAAUGAAUUACUAUGCUUGUUUAUCUAUUUUGUCCCUUGCGAUUCUCACCCCCUUUGCGAUCGCCGUGGAAGGACCAGCAAUGUGGGCUGCUGGAUGGCAAACAGCUCUAUCUGAAAUCGGACCCCAAUUCAUAUGGUGGGUGGCAGCUCAGAGUAUAUUCUAUCAUCUAUACAAUCAGGUGUCUUACAUGUCGUUGGACGAGAUCUCUCCGUUGACAUUCAGCAUCGGAAACACCAUGAAACGUAUAUCCGUCAUAGUCUCUUCAAUCAUCAUCUUCCACACACCAAUUCAGCCCGUCAAUGCUCUCGGAGCCGCAAUUGCUGUCUUUGGAACCUUCUUAUACUCACAGGCAAAACAAUAG